AUGGCUCUCACGCGCUCCUCUGACCCUUUAGUAUGGAUUGACUGUGAAAUGACCGGCCUCGACGCCGAAAAUGAUUCAAUUCUUCAAAUCUGCUGCUUCAUUACCGAUGCCCAGUUACAACUCCUGGAGCCCAACGGAUUUGAGACUGUCAUCCACCACUCCGACUCCACCCUCAACAGCAUGAACCCGUGGUGUAUUGACACGCACGGUCGCACGGGCCUCACGGCGGCCGUCCGCGCCUCGACCACAAGCCACUCCGCUGCUGCUGAGUCUCUGCUGGCCUAUAUCCAACGUUAUGUGCCAAACCCUCGUACUGCCCUGCUGGCUGGGAACAGUGUGCACGCCGAUAAAGCAUUCUUGGUCCGUGGUCCUUAUGCUCCCGUAAUGGAGUACUUGCAUUACCGCAUCUUGGAUGUAAGUACCAUUAAAGAGGCAGCGAGACGGUGGGGUAGCGAUGAGCUAUUGGCCUCUGCUCCACCGAAACGGGAGGUGCAUCUGGCAAGAGAUGAUAUCUUGGAGAGUAUUGCGGAAAUUCGCUAUUACAAAGAAAAGCUGUUCAGCUAG